AUGGCAUCUUCUGGAUUCUCAGCUCCAAAUCCGGGUGUUCAAGUAUCGUGGACAUCCGCAAUGACAGGCGCCGGUGCACCAGUGGGUCAUGAGCUAGUCCAACAGCCGUUGACAAGCUCUGAUAUGGCGCAUAACCUAAUGGUUGGAGCUAAUUCUGGACCACUCAGGUACAGUCCCCCACCACCACGACCUGCAUCAUCAUUAGGUGUAGAGCUCGAAUCUUGUGGAUUCCAGUUGCAGCAUCAGUACUUUGAUCUGCAGAUGAUGCACCAGAGCAGAAUUAAGCAAGAGCCUCUGGAUGAGAUGGGUAGCAACAAGAGCAGCAGCAACAGCAGCGAAAGUAAUGCAAUGAUGAUGUCUGAAGCGGCCACAGUAACAUCUGAUGGCACAUCAUCGGGAUCGACCAUUACAACAGUAGAAGCGGAUCAAGAAGACCCUCUUGUGAUGAACGCAUUACUACAAGAAACACAGGCAGAGCUGCAACGCGUACAGCAACGCCAGCAUGAAUUACAAGAGCAAUUUCAAAAACAGCAAGCCAUGCUUAACUUGCGGAAAAAGCAGCAGCAGCAGCAGCAACAACAACAGCAACAACAAAGACGUGCAUAA